AUGCUCUGGGUGGAGAAGGAAUAUUCUGGAUCUCUUUUGCUCUCGUCUUAUGCAUCUCGCAUGCUCAGACUCUGGGAAUUUACUUUUUCUAGCCAAAUAUUUUUCAUGAGGUGUUGGGCGAUGGAGGAUAUUGGGCUGUUCAAUCAAGGGUUGAAAUGGUUGCAAUCGAAGGACUAUUAUUCUGUGGCAUGGACUGUUUUGAGCUGUUUAAGAGAUAAGAUCGGGAUUUUCAUGGAACGGCAUUGGCCGAUGGUUUGUUGCGGGUGUGCAAAAUUUGGGAGAGGUUUGCUCUUUCUGUUGGUUUAUUGGAAAAAUUGUUCAAUUUCUGGAUUCCAGUCAUUUGUAGGGCUGGGAUCGGCUGCUCUGCUUGUCAUUAUGUGGAGUUGCUUCCUAAGCUUGACGUCAAUGUCCUGUCUUCUGUAUGUGCUGAUUAGUAUGGGUGCGGCUGGGGCUGCUGUUCAAUAUUUAGGCUACACUCCUGGACUUUUUAUCGUGGGGCUGGUUGCCAUUUUAGUUUUGUGGAUGUAUGCUAACUUUUGGAUAACGGGUACCUUGUUCAUAGUUGGGGGCUAUCUAUUUUCAUUAAACCAUGCAAGACUGCUGGUGUUCAUGGCGACCCUAUAUGCUAUUUAUUGUGUCAAAGUACGCGUAGGAUGGGUUGGAGUUUUUCUUGCGGUUAACCUUGCCUUCUUAUCAAAUGAUGUAUUGGACUACUUGAUCAAACGGUGUGAUAAUCUGAGUGAAAGCAGUCAUUUUGAGGAGCAAAAAGAAUCUGUUUCCUUUACAGAAGAUGAUUUCUCCACUGAAUGUAAAUAUUCUGCCCCUACUGAAGUAGAAGGAGAAGAAGAGAAAGAAAAGAUCCACUCAUAUAAAUCAGCCAGCAAACCUGCUAGUCCUUCAUCUUUUGUUGAAAAGGCAAAAGAAGCUGUUGCUAAGAAAGUGGUUAAAGAAGAUGCUGAUUCCAUAACUGAGAUGAAAAGGAUUUUAAAUAGUGGAAAUCACUAUGAGGCCCUGGGGUUUCCUCAGCAGAAAAAAAUUGAUGUCUUGUUAUUGAAGAAGGAAUACCGUAGGAAGAAUACCACUGACUUUUGUUCUGAGGAGUCGAGGCGGAUACAGUGCACAAAGUGUGGGAAUUCACAUGUCUGGGUUUGCACAAACAGAACCAAGGCCAAAGCUAGAUGGUGCCAGGAUUGUUGUCAGUAUCACCAAGCCAAAGAUGGCGACGGGUGGGUAGAGUAUAAAGGUUCUCUGGUGUUUGAUCAGCCCCAAAAGGUGGAGAUACCUCGUGCUUUUGUAUGUGCUGAAAGCAAGAUUUUUGACGUGUCAGAGUGGGCCAUAUGUCAGGGCAUGGCUUGCAGGCCCAACACCCAUCGACCCAGUUUCCAUGUAAACAUGGUUGGGCUUGAAAAAUCAAGCCAAAGGUCCAACUCUAGCCGGUACCCAUGGGAUUUAGAUGCCGAGAUGAUGGACGAAGAGGAUGAAUUCGAGAUGUGGCUCCAGCAAGCCCUUGCUUCUGGCCUUUUUAGUGAGUCCUCCAAACGCAGGAAAAGUUGGAGUCCCUUCAAACUGCCCCAGAAGAAAGGGAAAAAACAGUGGCGUAGGGCAUCUUAGAAGACAAAAAAUUUUGCGGCUAAUGUAUUUUAUUUAUUGGCACCAGUCGGACAUUUUCUACCACAACGCGCAGUCAUUGCCUCGUGAACAAAGUGGAAUUGAUGUUGUGGGAGGUGGAGAAGAAAAAAAGAAAAAGAAAAAGAAAAGACUACAUGUCUUUACACGGUUCGUGUGUGUAAAUAAAAACUUGUUGUGUUGUUAUUCUAACAUCAGUUUCUGCAUGUCUCCUUGAUGUUUAGAAU